AUGACUGGGAAUUCCGAUAGGCGGAGAGUGCGACGAGAAGAAGAAAGACAGAAAGCCUGGCAAAACUCGAGAGGGAAGAAUCGAGUGAGCGAAAGAGAGGGGAGAGAGACAGAGAGAGGAGAGCUUGCGCGAGAGGCGGAGGAACGUGGAGGAGGACCGACCGUGGUACCGAAUGUGGCGUUCGGAGUAUGGUAUUCGCCAGCCGGGGCCAACCGACGUCGAGCAGCCAGUUUCCACCCGCGCUCGAUUCACGGAGUCGUCAUCAUCGCUGUCGGCGAGUCGCGCACUCGGCGGACGAAAUCCCUCGUUAAGAAUCGCAGCCGCCACCCGGUAGAAUCCUGUCUAUCUACCCUGCUCAUCGGUAUUCGUUCGAACCGAGUCAUCCCUAGACUACGACGACGACGACGACGACGACGACGUCGACGACGACGUCUCUCCAUCAAUAAUCGAACAGCGAUACAAGAGAGUCCUCCCGGCGACAACGACGACGACGACGACGAGGACGAGGACAGCGACAAGGACGACAACGUUGACGACAACGACGGCGACGACCACGACCACGACCACGACCACGACCACGACCACGACCACGACCACGACUACGACGAAACGACGACGGUGUCACCAUCACGCGAGCCGUGUGUCAUCGAGCGGAUUCGGCGGGGCGACCACCAGGAUCCCGUUCCAUUCGCUGUGAGAGUGCGACGUCGAACAGUGCGCGAUGAUGCGAUCGCAUCCACUACGACGACGACGACGACGAGCGGUCACGAUCGAGUGAGAGUGCAACGGAAGAAGAGCGGCACGUCGCGAUUGAACUUACAUCAUCGUCACCGAAGGGCAACGAGAGGAACAGAACUAUGGCAAACCUCGGGUACAUCAUCGGCGCGAGGAGGAGAUGGACAAUGGUCAACCGGUACGACCCAGCAUUAGGAUC